UUGGGAAUACGAAAAUGGAGAAAGUGAAAAAGGUAUCAUCUUUCAGUCUCUCCUCUCUGCUUCGCCAGCAAAAAGAUGCUAAAAUCGCCCUUCAGCUCUUCCUUAAUCCUAAUCCCAGCCAUGGAAGCAACAAAACUACUAAACCCUUUCGUUAUUCUCCACUCUGCUAUGAUCUCAUCAUCUGCAAGCUCGGCAGAGCCAAACUCUUUCAAGAAAUGGAAAAAAUCAUCGAUAAAUUAAGACACGACACUCGAGUUUCUCUCAACGAAGUUGUUUUCUGCAAUGUUAUCUCAUUCUAUGGAAGAGCACAUUUACCUGAAAAGGCUCUUCAUAUGUAUAAUGAAAUAUCCUCUUUUCGCUGCUAUAGAAGUAUAAAAUCUGUCAAUAGCUUGUUAAAUGCACUUUUAGCUUGUAAAGAAUACAGCAAGAUUCGUGAAAUGUUAAACAACUUUGAAAAUUACGCAACCCCAGAUGUUUGUACGUUUAAUAUACUGAUGAAUGCGAGUUGUUUGUGUGGUGAUUUGGAUAGUGCACGGGAGGUGUUUGAUGAAAUGCGUAAGAGAGGAAUUCAGCCAAAUGUGGUGACUUUCGGGACGUUGAUUAAUGGGCUUUGCAUGAAUCGAGAGUUAGACGAGGCGUUUAGGAUGAAAAAGAUUAUGGAGAGAGAUUUUAAGUUGAAGCCUAAUGCUUUCGUGUAUGUUGCGUUGAUUAAAGGACUUUGUAAGGUUGAUGAUUUGAAUGCAGCAGUUAAGAUGAAGGAGGAGAUGUUGAGAAAGAAAGUGGAAUUGGAUUCAGCUGUGUAUUCUACUUUGAUUAGUGCGUAUUUUAGGAUUGGUCGAAGGGAUGAAGUUUAUGGUUUGUUGACAGAGAUGGAAAAGAAUGGAUGCAAAUGUGAUACAGUUACUUUCAAUGCAUUAAUGCAUGGUUAUUGUCAGGAGAAAGACUUUGAUUCUGCAUUUAACGUUCUGGAUGAGAUGGAAGGGAAGGGGUGUAAACCUGAUGUAAUUAGUUGCAAUGUGAUAAUUCGGGGCCUUUGUGAUGACGGGAAAUUAAGAGAAGCUAGUGAACUCUUGGAUGAUAUGCCAAGACGAAGGUGUAAACCCGAUGUGGUUAGUUAUAGGAUAUAUCUUGACGGGCUCUGUAAAGCGAAGAAGUUUAAGGAAGCUGCAGUUAUUUUACAUGAGAUGGUUUUCAAAGGAUAUAUUCCCCGUGAUACAAGUUUGUGUAAGUUAUUCGACGGGCUAAUUCAAGAAGGAGAUAGAGAAUCAUUACUGAGAGCUCUGGAUAACAUGGCCUCUGUAAAUUGUAUUAGUAAAGAAGUGUGGGAAAUGGUCAUUUCCAUGAUGUGCCAACAAGAUAACUUGUCUAGUGCAUCUGCUCUUGUAGGAAUGCUAACGAAGGAUGGAGUAAACAAAUUCUCCUUGUAAUGGUUAAACACACCUUCUAGAUGUGCUCACAUACUUAACUCCCAAGUUCAUUGGUCAGUCUGGUUCAAAUCACGGAUUUCUUGCAGACAAAAUCCUCGACAGGACUUCAAAUGUGCGGAUUUGCUGAUCUAUGAGUGACACCCCUAAGGUACUCAGGGUCCAAACAUCUUUGACUUAUAACAAUGCUUAAGCUUACUUUUUUCACUCAUAAACAUGUUGUCUGCCUUCCUUCUCUCCAUAAAUUUGUAUCAUGUCUGUAAGGUAUUUUUAGAAUGUACUCUCACCGGCUGCGGAACUUGUUUCUAUAUUUUUAGCCCAUAUCUCGAUAGAGAAGGCUGUAAUGGUCUCUGUUAAAUAAGCUUUUCUGGUC